AUGGCAGAAUCCAAUGGUGACGUCCAGCCAAAACAAGAUGUAACAGACACCCCAACGAAGGAGGAGACGUCCUCCUCCCCUGCGAACGGUGCCAAUGGCCACUCAUCCGAGCAUGAGCACUCUCACGAGCACGACCAUGAACACUCGCAUAAUGACGACCCGAAUGCCGGAGCACUGUUCCAGGUCACCGUGAAGCUACCGCAUAAGCCCUACAAGCAGUCGAUAAUGGUUACAUUUCAAGAACAAGUUCAGGAUGUGCGCCAGUCUAUCGUCGAGACUCCGGAUACCUUCCAGUACACCUGCUUCCAUCUCGAACAUAACGGUCAGCGCAUCAAUGACUUCGUGGAGCUCUCCGAGGUCAAGGACCUCAAGCCUGAUGACGAGGUUGUUCUGGUUGAGGAUCCCUAUACUGAAAAGGAGGCUCGAUUACAUGUCGUACGAAUAAGGGAGCUCAUAGGGGCUACCGGCGACCGCUCGGACCUGCUCCAUGGCAUCAACGCCGGCCUGUCGCUCCAUGAUGACAAGUUCGGUUCUGGUCAAGCCCAAGCUUCAGCCCCCAAAUCAGAAGAGAAUCCUUUGGCUGGCUACGAGGUCGAUGGCCGCUCGUCCGUCGAGGCCAUCUUGCCCUCGCAUCAGGAAACGCUGCCCAAGACCAUCAAGUCUCUUUCGGUGUCGCAAUGGAAUCCUCCACCAUACCACUUGCGCCAACGAGGCCAUUUGCUUUAUCUGCAGCUCACUACCAACGAAGGCGAGCAGCAUCAGAUUACCGCUACUGUGUCGGGCUUCUAUGUCAACAAAUCUUCCAGCAACAAGUUCGAUCCCUUCCCGAGGCCGGCGCCCAAGAACUACAGCGCUCACUCCCUGCUGACCUUGAUCUCUCUGGUGUCGCCUUCCUUCAACGAGGCGUUCGUGGAGCUUCAGAAAAUGAAUGGUCGGAAAGAUCUGCUCACCACUUUUCCCUUCCAAAAUGCCAUCCCCGCAAACCCCUGGCUGGUGCCAUCCUCGUACGCACAAGGAAAUCAGCACCAGGCGGAUCCCACACGGGCACAAGAAGCAUAUUUGAUCGGUGGAGCAGACGGCGCGGAGAAUCUUCGGGACUGGAACGAGGAGUUUCAAACCACCCGAGAGCUGCCCCGAGAGACUCUGCAAGACAGAGUUUUCCGUGAGCGUCUGACCUCCAAACUAUUCGCCGACUACAACGAUGCUGCGGCUAGGGGUGCGGUGCUCGUCGCCCGGGGUGAGGUUGCCCCCUUGAACCCUACCGAAGGCCGGGAUGCGCAAAUCUUCAUAUACAACAACAUCUUCUAUUCUUUUGGAGCUGAUGGUGUCCAAACAUUUGCCAGCGAAGGUGGUGACGAGGCCGCCCGAGUCGCCGUAGGCAAAGACGUGGCCGGCGUCAAGGCUGUCAACCAGCUCGACAUCAAUGGGCUGUUCACUCCUGGUACUGUGGUAGUCGAUUAUUUGGGAAAGCGGAUCGUCGGUCAGAGUAUCGUUCCGGGCAUCUUCAAGCAACGGGAACCCGGCGAACACCAGAUUGAUUACGGUGGUGUUGAGGGUAGGGAUGUUGUGACCGAGAACGAGGCGUUUGUUCCUGUUUUCGAGAAACUCUCCAAAUCUUUACACGUCAAGAAGCAUGCCGUAUGGGACAAAGAAGGCAAGAGGCACGACUUGGAGGGUAGCGUCGAGACCAAGGGUCUGUUGGGCACAGACGGCCGCAAGUAUGUUUUGGAUCUCUACCGCAUCACCCCUCUCGAUGUGGCCUGGUCGGAGGAGGUUGAGGCUGACACUGUUGGCGAAAAAUACCCACACCGGAUGUCUGUGUUGAGACUUGAGCUGGUGGAGGCCUACUGGCGCAUGAAGAUGCAGGAAUAUGUUCGCGCAGAAGUGGAAAAGCGUCGCUCCAAGCAGACCAAUGGUCAUUCGGAAACCACCAAUGGGACGGAAGAAGCCAAGACAAACGGUCAUAACACCGAAGAUGAGAAGAAGGUAGACAAAUCAGGGGAGACUACGGAACAGUCCAAGAAAGAAGAGGCUGCGCUUGAACAGGAACGUGUGGACAUCUCGAACUUCAACUUCGCCCUGAACCCGGACGUAUGCAGCGGACAGGUACCGCAGACCGACGAGGAGAAGGAAGACUAUGCUGCGGAUGAGAAAGACGUCAGGGCGGUGUGCGAUUUCUUGAGGAACAAGAUCAUCCCGGAGCUUAUUAACGACCUCCACGAUGGAGAUGUGGGCUUCCCAAUGGAUGGUCAGUCGCUCUGUCAGCUCAUGCACAAGCGGGGUAUCAACAUCAGAUACCUGGGACGACUUGCGAAAGCAGCGGAGGAGAAAGGACCACGCCUUCAAGCGUUUUCGACGGUCGUGCAGCAAGAGAUUGUCGCUCGAGCUUUUAAGCACAUCAUCAAUGGUCACUUGCGCCAUUUGCCUGCCGUCUUUGCUGGUGCUUGCAUCUCUCAUCUCUUCAACUGCUUACUUGGAGUGGAAGUCAACCCCAACCCCCGGCCGGAAAUUGACGAGGAUCUGAGGGCGCUCUAUCCCGAGGGAGAUUUCUCCUUCGAGAAAGUCAAUCCCACGACACUACAGAAGGAAAUUGAGAAGCAGAUCAAGAUUCGAUAUCGCUAUGAGCUGAAAGAUGAUUGGCGCGCAUCAAUCCACGCGCUGCCUUUCCUCCGAGAGAUCUGCUUGAAGCUUGGCCUGCAGCUGGUGGCUCGAGAAUACACGUUCAGCAAAGACGUGCAUCUGAUUCUGGACUCAUCCCCUACGAGAAGCGCCAGUGACGCUCACUCUACCAACGGUGCCCAGCCGGAGGAAGGCAGCAAGAAGAAGAAGAAGAAGGGCGGUGAACAGGCGCAAGCCAACGGUGCCGUUGUCAAGCCUUCGACCACUUUUACUGCGGACGACAUCCUCAAUAUUGCCCCUCUGGUGAAAGAUGCUGCUCCAAGGAGCGCUCUCGCCGAAGAAGCCUUGGAAGCCGGGAAAAUCUCGCUGGCUCAAGGUCAGAAGCAGCUGGGCCAAGAGUUGGUUUUGGAAUCUCUGUCGCUGCAUGAGCAGAUCUAUGGUAUUCUCCACCCGGAAGUCGCCAAGAUGUAUCAUUCCUUGUCCACAAUCUACUAUCAGACCGACGAGAAGGAGGCCGCUGUGGAAUUGGCCCGCAAGGCGGUGAUUGUGACUGAGCGGACUUUGGGGGUGGACUCGCAUGACUCCAUCCUGGCCUAUCUCAACCUGUCACUGUUUGAGCAUCAUGUCGGCAACACCAGACAGGCACUCAAGUAUGUCAGGCAUGCCUUGGAUGUGUGGAAGAUUAUCUUCGGACCUAAUCAUCCCGAUUCCAUCACGACAAUGAAUAAUGCUGCGGUCAUGCUUCAGUCUCUCAAAGAGUACUCAGAGUCACGCAAAUGGUUCGAGGCUUGCUACACGGUUUGUGAGGGCCUUUUCGGACGGCAGUCGGUCAACGCAGCAACCAUCUUAUUCCAACUGGCGCAGGCAUUGGCUCUGGACGGCGAUUCCAAGGGCGCUGUCAACAAGAUGCGCGAUGCGUACAACAUCUUCCUUGCGGAACUUGGCCCAAGUGAUAGAAACACGAAAGAGGCCGAAAGCUGGCUUGAACAAUUGACACAAAAUGCGGUGUCGCUUGCAAAGCAAGCCAAACUUCUCCAAGGCCGACGGUUUGGCAUUCGUCACUUGCCUCGAAUGGGUGCAGGCACAAGACUUCAACCACAAAGUGCCAGCACAGCGGCUCCCAAUUCAAACACUGGGCCGUCUGCCGUGGAGCCGAAUAUGCGAACUGGAACUGGGAAUGUCUCUAUGGACUCCAGAAGCAUCGACGAGCUCUUGAAGUACAUUGAGGGAAAUGACACAGGGAGCAGCAACCGCACGAAUCAAAAGAAAAAGUCACUGAACCCGAAGGCCAGAGGGUCGCGGAAAACCGCCACCGCCUAA